CGGCCACCUUCCAAAGAUCCGCGCAAUGCCACACCGGACGGCCCCGAAGCGACGGCGAUCGGCUUCGCCAGAGCCGUCGAUCAAGGCCGAUGCCACGAGCGCAGCAUCGCCACUGAGCAGCAGCAGCCAGACGAGCAGCUUUGACGCGCAGUGCGAGCGCAUCGCGCACCUCAUCGCGACGGCCAAGCACCUCGUGGUCUUCACGGGCGCCGGCGUGAGUACGUCCACGGGUGUGCCCGACUACCGCGGUGAAAAUGGCAUCCGCAAGUCGUCCAAGAAGAAGCAGCGAAGCAACGCGGUGAUUCCAGAUUUGCACACGCUCGUGCCGUCGCCAGCGCACAUGGCACUGGCCGAGCUCUACCGCAUGGGGCGGGUCAAGCACGUCGUGACGCAGAACGUCGACAACCUCCAUCGCAAGAGCGGAAUUCCGCCGGACGCGCUCACAGAGCUGCAUGGGAACGCGACGUUUGGACGUUGCGACACGUGCGAGUAUGUGUACGAGGAGGCGUUUCCUGUGUUUGGCCUCUGCACGCAGGCGGCGUGUCCGUCCGUGAAGAAGCCGAUCGAGCAGCGUCUCUCCAAGCGCACGCGCAAGAGCAACGGGUACCUCCAGCGCUACGUCAUCGGCUUUGACGCGCCGAUGGAUGACAUUGACGCAGCUAUCGACCACUGCGAGGCCGCUGACGUGGCCUUGGUGCUCGGUACGUCCCUGCGCGUCGAGCCAUUCUGCGAGAUGGCGGGGAGCUUUGCCAAACACUUGGUCUUGGUGAAUCUGCAGCCAACGCUGCCCAAGCUCGACAAGCGCGCCGAGGCGACAGGUGCCCGGGUCUACGACACGUGCGACCGCGUCCUCGCGCGGGUGCUCCAGAUCCUCAAGCGCGAUAUGUACUACGAGGUGCCGAGGUGGAGCGGCUGCCACGCCGCGGAGCAGUGCUACUUUCACGACGACGAUGGGUCGGCGCUCGUCAACGUCCUCGUCGGGCGCACUUCAAGGGCACCGUUGAGCCCCACAGCAUGACAUUCAAAGUAAUACACAUUCGAUCCUAGCUCAAGUCCCCGAAUGUAGGGGACCACCUUCCGCAGAUCGCUAAUGAAAGAUUACGACGCGUUGCUCUCCAUCGAGGAGCGACGUCAUCGAAGUGGUUUCUCGUGGAGUAAAUACAGGUGCUGCUGCUGGUUGCAAGA